UGGCGAGGCUACCAAGUGUGAAAUGGCGCAGUCAGGCGCUGUUUUCAAAACUUUGGGAAAGUUAGCUACAAUAGACUAUUCAAGUUCAAAGGAUUAUUUUGUUUUCACAAUGAGGGAAAGGAGAGCAAGCCAGGAAAACAAAAAAAGAAGGAGAAAGUCCAAGACGCGAAGACUGAGUGUGACUUUGAAACCCGAAAGGACGUCUGGCAAAGAAAUAGCCGUUACACGAGAGGAAGAGAGCAUGGAUGUAGACUCGUGUUUACCUACAGAUGAAAAUUCAUCUCGUUCUAAGAAGCCAAAAGAGCAGGGAACAGAUGUGGCCAAGAGAUCUGUCUACAACACCCUUAGGGACAAUAACAGAGUUCUUGCGGCAGCUCUAGAGGAUGCGCAACUUGAACUUCGCUUAGCUCGGCAUGAAAAUGUUCAGCUGAGGAAGCAAUUCUAUGACAGCCAUCAGUCAUUUGUGGAGAAAACCAGUAAAUUAGAGAGUCAAUUGCAGUCAGUAGAGCAGCUCUCAGCAAAUAAUGGGUCAAAGACAGUUCAGGCUGUAUUCCAAGAUGUCUACAAGCUCCUGAAUCAGACUUGUGACCAGUUCCUUCAAGGCUCCAACUCUUUGGCAGAUGCAUUACACCUCGUCACGUCCUACCUCACUCCAAAUAAAGUGCAGAAAGACACAUCCCCUCAUUUAGUCUACAACAAUGUGUCCCCAUAUGUAGAUCCUGCAUCCAAUGCUGUAUGCACCACCCCUCCCCCAGAUGAGCCAUCGGCAAUGGAGAUCACAGCAAGUCAAUCAGUUAUCAUUGAGAUCAAUGACACUAUAAUGAACAACUUGAACAAGGAACAAAAAGCCAUUGAUGUGAAGGUGAACAAUGACAUAAAAGCAAUGGAAGGCAACCGGUCUCAACGAGCUAGUCAACGUGCAAAGAGAAAAAGUUGCACAGCUGUCAGUUAUGUGGAACCAGGCCUUCGCAGCAAACUGCGUAGAGGGGACCCAUUUACUGACAGCACAUUGUUUGGCGAAGAAUCCCUGACAAGCAAUCGAAAAAGGAAGAAAAGUUUGCCUGCAAUGGGAAACACAAAGAAACGCGCUCCUCUGGCUAAUCUGACAAACAUCAUUCUUGAAGAAAGUUAAAGAUGUGUAGCUUUCCAAGCAUGUCAAGAGUGGCUUGAUUGACGCUGGCGUUAUCAAGACAGUCUGUGCACAUGGAGAUGUGGAGGAUUUGUGUGUCAAAACAAUGACAACUCAAAUAGUCAGUGCGUAUGACAGUCGUAUAAAAUGAUAUUUAUUAACGAGAAUUCAAUUCAAAGUAUUUAUUUAUGUACAGUUCAAUUGCCGUGUAUAUAAUUUGUCGAGGCUAAAUUUUGUAAAUGGAAAGUAUUUUUGGUGUAAAGAAUUGAACGUUGAGAGGUUUUGUGUAAUAAAUUUACUUCAGAUGUUUCGCAUAAUGUUGUCAGUGUUAUUUUGAGUGUAAUGAUUUGCCUUGAGAGUCAUAAGAAUGUAUUUUUUUCAAACUUGCUUCUCUAUCCGGGCAUAGAAAGCUUUACUGUAUGUAAAAUCUCGCAGCUUAAGCCUUGAGAUGUUAGUGGUUGGGGAACGGGCGGGGGCGGGGUUGGGUUAUGGUGGCAGCUUGUAUCUGGGAAGGAUGGAGGGGCACAACCAGAUGUAGCACUUCAUAAUUUGUUUUGUUGGUCAUCAUACUAAUUUUUCUUUAAGUGUAACAUAACUCAUGGAUAUUCGUGCUUUACACAUGUAUGGUGGCAGGUAGCAAAACUAUUGUAGUAGACCUACGAAGAGCUCUAUAACCCAGGGGGUGGGGCUUAUAAUGGAAAUUGCACCACAACAGUCAAGGUUACAGUUUUUUAUUACUAUUACUUGACAAGUCACACGAGAAUGGUGCUGAAACAAGAGCCAACCAAAGCCUGUCUUGCAUAAAAAGUACAAUUUUCCUUUUCUAAAUAAAUUACUAUAGAUUAA